AUGCCAGAGUCACUGGAAAAUAGCAUGCCUGGGGCCGAUAGAAAAGGUGGAGUAGAAAACAGGUCUGUGAAAAGAUCCCUGUCCUCCAGCAAACCACACCUGAAACCAGCUCUAGGCAUGAAUGGAGCCAAAGCCCGCAGCCAGAGCUGCAGUGCUCGCUCAGGGGAAGAGCCCCCCACGCCCCCCACAGAAGGGCUGGGCAAAGUCCGGACUCAGAUUAUCACCAACACCGCUGAGAGAGGCAGUUCCCUCACCCGGCAGAGCUCCUCCACCGAAGGCUCCCCCAGCAGGACUGCGUCUGGCCCUGGGUCUGAUGGGCUCCCCAGCUCUGGGCGGCCCCUGGGACACCCUUCCCCUAGGCAGGGUUCCUUGGGGAGCACAGGCAGCUCCAGCAGCCAGCACGGGAGCCCAAGCAAGUUGCCUUUGAGGAUCCCUCCAAAAUCCGAAGAGCCCCUCACCCCAGCUGGAACAGAAGAGCAGCAGGCCUACGCCCAGGGAGAAGGCCCCGGGGCGACUGUACCUGAGGGGCCAGGCAGUGACCACUGCAGGUGCCCACUCACCCCAACAGAUAGCUCAGGAGGCCCACAGAGUCUGGGGAGGACACCACAUCCCAGCAAUUUCACAGCAAGCAGGACCUCCAAGCUAGAAACUUCUGGAAGGUAUCCAGACGCUUCUGCAACCAGGGCCGGUGUCGUAAGCCCAGAAGCCCCCCUCUCACCCACAAUUGAAGAAAAGGUCAUGUUGUGCAUUCAGGAAAAUGUGGAAAAGGGCCAAGUGCAAACAAAGGCCACCUCUGUGGAAGCGAGGCCGAAGCCGGGGCCUUCUUUUGCCAGCUGGUUCGGUUUUCGGAGGAGCAGACUCCCGGCCCUCAGUAGCAGGAAGAUGGAUGUAUCCAAAACCAAAGCAGAAAAGAAAGAUGCAAAAGGUUUAGGGUUUGGGAAGGAUAUGGAGUCUGAGUCUCUCUUUGAUGCUUCUGAGAAGCCAGGAACUUACAUUGUGAAUUAG